GACUGUGUCAUUUGCUUUUCAGUCAUCUCAAAACAACAUGCUGCUUUUCUCUUUUCUCCUGUUCUUUUUCUGUGAGAGCACAGUUAGUUUCCUGACUACACAGGAACAGGUAAGUAUAUUAUAUACUUACCUGGAAACAACUGCAGUGACUGUGGAAGAAAACCUAUCUCCUCUGCAGCUGGUAGCCACACCAGACUACCCGGUUGCAGAGGGUCAAAGAGUCACCAUGCACUGCAGUGCUUUCACCAUGCCGGCCUCCGUCAGUUGGUCCUGGCAACGACUGGAAAAUCAGACCUGGCAGCAAGUGGCCACCGGUAGGGAUCUGACCCUAACUGAGCCAGAGCAGAGUGGGUUGUACCGCUGCCAUGCUGAGAGCCGCUUAUCUCAGACGAGCAUGAGCCCUACCCACAACGUCUACAUCAUCUCCAUACGUGCAACAGUGGGGGAGAAAUUAGGAAUAGCUGCCUUCAUCCUUUCUCUUCUGGCUUUGAUCAUCAACCUCGCCAUUCUGUUUUGGCUGAGCUGGCAAAGAUUUAGUGGCAUGCUGACUGCCUCCAACACAGCAGCAAAAGGUUUAUCUGGAGCUGAGAAACCACCAAAAGGAUGUUUGCCACAGACUGACGGAGACGUGUACAUGAAUUACGUGAACACCAACCAAGCCUACUCUGAUCUGGACCCUGCCAAAAUGACUGGAGACAAUGUGUAUGCAAGUCUGUCAUGAGCAUCCGUGACAAGGUGGAAAUGUGCAACAAAAAGAGGAAAGGUGACAAAAAGAUCAUACAGAUAGUAGCAUGACUUGCUAAAUGAGGUUUGCUAUAUACAGCUUGAUAGUGUGAAGAUUACCUAAAUGUGUGAACUAUACUUGUUUUAAUCUCAUUUCACUGCUAAGUUAUUUAAUGUAGUACAACCUACAGAUCUGCAGUUAUUGGUUCAUUAUGUUGUCCUCACCAAACAGUAAAAAGCCCUUCCUUCUCUGUGUUUAAUAAAACCUAUGCUUUGCUAUAA